GGUUUUGUUUGAUGUUACAUGUUCCUGGAAGCUGCCUGUCCCAAGCAAGGUGGAGCUUGCAGGAGGGCAAACCUGCAACUGGUGAUACCAUUCCCAGUAAGGAAUGCAAGACAGAUUUUUGAAGAGAGCGUAACUAUAAAAUAAUUGCAACAUUGGGAGGACUUUCUGUGGUGAAGAAAUGAUUAAUUUUCACUCUUGCUUCUUUCUUCCUGGUCUUGCUUUCUUACUUCAGCAUUUAAAUAUAUGGGGCAUCCUUGUGUUAAGUGAUUGUUCUGAACACAGCACAGUGCUGAAAAUCGAGCUCCAUUUCAGUUCCUUCAUCUGCUGCCUAUUAUAGCAUACUUGCCACUUCAGUUAACAGCCUGCGAGGCAAAACAGAAAACAAACUGUCCCUCUGUAUCUAUGUUUUGUGUGAAGUGCUGACAAGAAGGAAGAUGCCUGUAGAUAAAUGCAAUGUAUAUGACUUAGAAGAUAUAAGUGGAGCAUUAAAGGGCAUUUUUACAGUGUAAUUAUUAUAUCCAAGCAUGAAACAAUAUUUACCUAAUGACAGAAGCCUCCUCUUCGUGCUGGUUAGCUCAUGACAAAGCGGUGUUGGAAUCCGCCUCCAUCCCCUCAGCAGACAGGAGCUGUGGACAAGUUUGCUGAGGUUCAUGUUGGCUCACACAGGUUGCUCACAAAACAGCUCUCCGGGCCCAAGAGGAUUUCUCCAUCGGCAGCCAGCAGCAAAGCCCCUUUCCAGCAUCUGGGUGUGCAUGACAGCCCGGUGCUGGAAUGUGCUCCUCCGCAGGCCAGCUUUUAACUUGAAGCUCUGGCAGGGCGCUGGGUAGCUCUGGCUCAAUGACACAGAGCUGCUGAAAGUCAGUCACUUGGUUUGGGAACAAGGGGAAGCCCAGCACAUUGUUCUGCUGCCUUUGCCUCCAGCUCCCUCGCGAUAUAAGCACAGAAUAUAUAUAGCCGUGAUAGCAGCUAGAGGAACAUGGACUUCCAGCAUAGAGGUCACCCCUACGCGAUACCAGAGGAUGAAGAGAUUGCUCACAGGGUCUCUCACAAUGCCUACAACUCGGCGGGAAAUGAAGGCGAGAAACCAGUGUCGAAACUGCAGCGUAGGCACAGUGACAUUAAACUCUACAAAGAGUUUUGUGACUUCUACGCAAAAUUCAACAUGGCAAACGCACUCGCAAAUGCCAUCUGUGAGCGCUGUAGAGGGGGCUUUGCACCAGCAGAGAAAAUUGUCAACAGCAAUGGUGAGCUGUACCACGAGCAGUGCUUCGUGUGUGCCCAGUGCUUCCAGCAGUUUCCUGAAGGGCUCUUCUAUGAGGUAAGCUGGGAGAAGUAACUGCAGACUGAUCGAUACCUUAGCAAGUGUUGUUGAAGAAAUGGAGUUCCAAAAGAUUGUGCCUGGUAUAGGGGAGAAGAAAGAAGAAAUGUUUAUGUGGCUGUUUGAAGUAUAUCAGUGUGUAUAACCUUAUUUAAGUGUGUAACUUAGUGUUACUAGGGCUGAGA